CAUGGGAGAAUGGACGAUUUUAGAGAGACUGUUGGAGGCGGCUGUCCAGCAGCAUUCUACAAUGAUAGGAAGGAUCUUGUUGACUGUGGUGGUGAUCUUCCGAAUCCUGAUCGUGGCAAUCGUUGGAGAGACGGUGUAUGACGACGAACAGACCAUGUUCGUUUGCAACACCCUGCAGCCGGGCUGUAACCAGGCGUGCUAUGACAAGGCGUUCCCGAUCUCCCACAUACGGUACUGGGUCUUCCAGAUCAUCAUGGUGUGCACUCCCAGCCUCUGCUUCAUCACGUACACCGUCCACCAGUCCUCCAAACAGCGUGAGAAAAAAUACGGCAACGUGUUUCUCACCGUGGACAGAGAUUUGGACAUGUUGGUCAAGCGAGAAGACAACAGGAAGAUUAAAAAUACUGUGGUGAACGGGGUUCUUCAGAACUCGGACAACUCCGCCAAAGCCGCAGAAACGCGGGACUCGGUCAUCAGAAACAACAAGAUGUUGAAGAUAAGGAGACAGGAAGGGAUCUCUCGCUUCUACAUCAUUCAAGUGGUUUUCAGAAACGCUCUGGAGAUUGGCUUUCUGGUGGGACAAUAUUUCCUGUACGGGUUCAAAGUCCCGUCCAUGUACGAGUGUGACCGCUAUCCGUGCGUCAAAGAGGUGGAGUGUUACGUGUCGAGACCGACGGAAAAGACUGUUUUUCUCGUCUUCAUGUUUGCAGUGAGUGGCCUUUGCGUUGUCCUCAAUCUGGCGGAGCUCAACCACUUGGGCUGGAGAAAGAUCAAGACCGCGGUGAGGGGGGCAAGGGCAAGGAGGAAAUCCAUCGUCGAAAUCAGGAACAAGGACACACCACACCGAAUAGGUGUGCCAAACUUUGGCAGAACUCAGUCGAGCGACUCUGCAUAUGUGUGAGAUUCCCAC